AUGCAGCUCGCCCUCCUCGCCGUUCUCUCCCUCCUGGGCGCCGCCAACGCCCUCCCCGCCGCGCCGGGGUGGCAGCUCGCCCGCCGCGCCGACGGCGCGCAGGUCAUGCACCUCGGCAACGAGAUCCGUGAGGUCUACCCCGCCGCCAAGCGCGCCUCGCCGCCCAAGUGCCGCCCCAAGCAGCACAAGACGGCCGCGGGCGACUCGAACCCCUCGGUCGCGCCCGUGCCCCCCGCUUCUGCCGCCGCACCGUCCGACUCGGCGCCCGCCACGACCUCGCCCGUCGCCGCCGUCGCGCCGACCGAGGCCGCCGCGUCGCCCUCUGCUGCUGCGCCCGACGCGCCCUCGCCGUCCGCCGCGGCGCCGUCCGAGUCCCCGUCCCCCUCGGCUGCUGCGCCCUCGCCCGCCGCGGCGUCCCCCUCGCCCGAGGCCGACCAGGUCGCGCCCGGCUCGCCCGACCCGGCCGCUGAGCCUGCCGCGCAGCCCUCGUCCGAGUCCGCGUCGCCCUCGCCCUCUCCCUCGGGCCAGGCCGCCGCCGCCGGCGGCGCCGCCGAUGCUGCCCCCUCGCCGUCGGCCGACGCGCAGGCCGCCGCCCUCUCGCCCGCGCCCGCCCAGCCGACCCCCGCCCCGGCGCUCAACGCCAACCCUCCCCAGCUUGGAGCUGACGGCUUCGUGCACGCGACCUACACCGACAAGGCGCCUGGUGACGCCGCGUCGGGCCUCUCUGGCAACUUCCAGAGCGACAUGCUCAAGCUUCACAACGACUUCCGCUCGCACUUUGGCGCCGGCGCGCUCACUUGGGACGACUCGCUGGUGGCCGUCGCUGCCAAGAACGCCAAUGCCUGCGUGUUCCAGCACACGCCCGCCGACCAGCGCAACGGCAACGGCGAGAACAUUGUCCAGGGCGGCGGCGCCGGCUUUGACACGACGCGCCUCUUCGCGCUCUGGGCCGACGAGGAGGGCGCCUACGACUACAACAACCCCGGCUACUCGGAGGCCACUGGCCACUUUACCCAGCUUGUCUGGAAGGCCACCACCAAGCUCGGCUGUGCCUCGGCCCAGUGCAGCGGCCAGACGUACAUUGUCUGCGAGUACAACCCCGCCGGCAACAUGAUUGGCUCGUUCCCAGAGAACGUCGUCGAGCUCGACGCUCGCGCCCUCAGCGCCGACGAGCAGUCGAUCCUGAACCUGCACAACAACUUUCGGCGGCAGUACGGCGCCAACGCGCUGAGCUGGGACGCCAACCUGGCCGCGUUCGCGCGCUCGUACGCGUCCAAGUGCCAGUUCAAGCACUCUGGCACUAAGGGCCAGGGCGAGAACCUCGCUGCGGGCGGCGGCGCCGGCUGGGACAUGCCCAAGCUCUUCAAGAUGUGGUCCGACGAGGCGAGCAAGUACAACUACAACAACCCCGUCUUCACGUCCGCCGCAGGCCACUUCACCCAGGUCGUGUGGAAGGGCACCACCAAGCUCGGCUGUGCCGUCGUCGACUGCGCAGACGGCACAAUCUUCCAGGGAUUCAAGUCGCGUUAUCUCGUCUGCGAGUACACCGCCCCGGGCAACUACGCCGGCCAGUUCACGCAGAACGUCGGCCGCAAGCAGUAG